AUAUUGAUACCCUUAAUAUGUUUAUUGUGCCUGACUGAGACUGGCAGCAACUCUACUGCGGUAACAAAAGAUAAGAUGACACAUUCAUUGUUUUAUGUGUUGUUGUUAACCGCUGGAGCAUAUUGCCAGUGGGACCAUCAUAUGAAAGAAAACCGUCAGUCCAUCGUCCAUUUAUUUGAGUGGAAGUGGUCCGAUGUAGCUUCAGAAUGCGAAAAGUUCUUUGCGCCAUAUUGGUUAGGUGGUGUACAGGUAUCCCCUGCCAAUGAACAUCGUGUUGUAACAGAAGAGCAAUGGCGACCAUGGUGGGAACGCUACCAGCCUGUGAGUUAUUCAAUGGUUAGUAGAAGUGGUGAUCGAGCUGAAUUCAUUGAUAUGGUAAAUCGAUGCAACGCUGUAAACAUCAAUAUUUAUGUAGAUGUUGUAUUCAAUCACAUGUGCGGGGAUGGCAGUAAUGGAUAUGGUAUCGAUGGUAGCUGGUAUGAUACGACCUUCAACGCCCGCGAUUUCCCAGCCGUNCCCUAUUCUGAAUGGGAUUUCAAUGAUGAUAUUUGCGACAGCGAUAUUCAAAAUUAUAAUGACGAAUGGGAAGUGCGCAACUGUCGAUUAUCGGGUCUGGUUGAUCUGAAACUAAGUAAAACGUAUGUGCGUGAUAAAGUCGUGGAAUUCCUAAAUGAUCUGAUUUCUCUUGGAGUCGCUGGUUUCCGUGUAGAUGCGUGUAAACACAUGUAUCCAGAGGAUUUAGAAGUCAUUUAUGGGCAAAUGAACAACCUCGUCACACCAACUUUUCCUUCCGGCAGUCGACCGUUUAUUGUUCAAGAGGUGAUAGAUUACGGCGGUGAAGCAAUUUCAGCAACAGAAUACACUCACUUAGGUCGUGUGACUGAAUUCAAAUAUGGUCGAGAGCUGUCAAACUGUUUCCGAGGUGGUAAUGAUCUAAAAUAUUUAUACAACUGGGGAGAAGCCUGGGGACUUUUACCAAGAGGUGAUGCACUGUCUUUCAUCGAUAAUCAUGACACACAACGCAACCAUGGAGGAGGAGGUAAUCCACUAACAUAUAAGGAACCCCGUGAAUACAAGAUGGCGGUUUCGUUCAUGUUAGCUCAUGAUUAUGGUGUACCCAGAAUAAUGAGUAGUUACUACUUUACUGACGGUGAGGCAGGACCGCCUUCACAUCCAGAUGGGUCCACAAAAGAUGUGACAUGUUUUGAUGAAUGGGUAUGUGAACACCGAUGGAGACAGAUCACUGGUUCUUCGUGGUUCCGCAAGGUUACCCAUGGUACUGGUGUUGACAAUUGGUGGGACAAUAAUAGUAACCAGAUCGCCUUUUCUCGUGGUAACCUGGGAUGGUAUGCUGUGAACAACGAUGCAUAUGCCAUGGACGCAACUAUAUACACUGGAUUACCUGCUGGUACAUAUUGUAACCUGUAUGUCUCAUCUUACGAUAAAGACACCAAAGCCUGCGUCGAUAAAGAAAAUGUUGGUACACCGUCUACUGUUACUGUGAAAAGUAAUGGCGAUGCCUCGGUUUAUAUAAGCAAUAACAGCAAUCCUGUCAUUGUAAUACACGUUGAUGCCACUGUAUAAUGACCUGUAACAUUAUGUUA